CAUGCAACCACCCACAGCCCCAGACAGCCUCGUGGGCAGCUCCUGCUCCAGCCCUUGGGGGUUUUUGCUGUCCCGUGUCACCGAUGGUCACCUGCCCUGUCUUUUCCCACAGGUGAGCGUGGCAGGCUAUGGGAUGGAUGAAGCUGAGCAGGACCAGUAUGAAGCUCGCCUCAAGGAGCUCUUUGACAGCUUUGACAGCACAGGCACGGGGUCCCUGGGGCAGGAGGAGCUCACUGACCUCUGCCACAUGCUGCACCUGGAGGAGGUGGCCCCGGCACUGCAGCAGACCCUGCUCCAAGGAAACCUCCUAGGCAGGGUCCACUUUGAUCAGUUUAAAGAAGCACUUAUCCUCAUCUUAUCCAGAACCCUGUCAAAUGAAGAGCACUUCCAAGAACCAGAUUGCUCCCCAGAAGCACAGCCCAAGUACAUCAAAGGCGGCAAGCGCUACGGGCGCCGCUCCCUGCCCGAGUUCCAGGAGUCGGGGCAGGACUUUGCCGAGGUGACGGUCAUCGAGCCGCCGGGCGAGGAGGCACGUCCUGCACACAUUGCUGCUGCCCAGGAGCACUGGAAGGCACGAGGCAGCGAGGAGUACGAGGCCGAGGGGCAGCUGCGCUUCUGGAACCCCGACGACCUGAACGCCUCCCCUGGUGCCUCCCCGAGCCCAGAGUGGAUCGAGGAGAAGCUCCAGGAGGUGUGUGAGCACCUGGGCAUCACCAGGGAUGGCCACCUGAACAGGAAGAAGCUGGUUUCCAUCUGUGAGCAGUACGGGCUGCACGCAGCAGCCGGGGAGAUGCUUGAAGAGGUGCUCCAUAACCUGGAGCAAGAUGGGACCAUGAGCAUAGAGGAUUUCUUUUAUGGCCUGUUCAGAAAUGGGAAAUCUCUCACACCUUCAGCAUCUACCCCCUACCGGCAGCUGAAGCGGCACCUCUCCAUGCAGUCCUUCGACGAGAGCGGGAGACGCACGGCCACCCCCUCGGCCAUGCCCAGCACCUUCGGCUUCUCCCUCUUCUCCAGCCUGGAUGAUGGCAUGGGCUAUGGCUGUGUGGAGGGAGUCCUGGACUGCUGGCACCAGGAGGGCAUAGAGAACAGCCAGGAGAUCCUGAAGGCUCUGGACUUCAGCUUGGAUGGGAAGGUGAACCUGACAGAGCUGACACUGGCACUGGAGAAUGAGCUGCUAAUCACCAAGAAUGGGGUGCACCAGGCAGCCCUGGCCAGCUUCAAAACAGAGAUCAGGCACUUGAUGGAGAGGUUUGACCAAGUGGCCAGGGAGAAGGAGAAGCUGAGGUCAGACCUGGAGAAAGCAGAGAAGCUGAAAUCCCUGAUGGCCUCAGAGGUGGACGAUCACCACGCUGCCAUCGAGCGCCGCAACGAGUACAACCUCAGGAAGCUGGAUGAGGAGUACAAGGAGCGAAUCGCCGCGCUGAAGAACGAGCUGCGCAGAGAGAGGGAGCAAAUCCUGCAGCAGGCCAAUAAACAGAGGCUGGAGCUGGAGCAGGAGAUUGAAAAGCUGAAAACAGAUGAGAACUACAUCCGAGACCGCCUGGCCCUGGCCCUGAAGGAGAACAGCCGCCUGGAAAACGAGCUGUUGGAAACAGGAGAAAAACUGGCUGAGUAUGAAAGUCUGGCAAGCAAACUGCAGAGGAACUUGGAAAAUGUCCUGGCUGAGAAGUUUGGUGACCUGGAUCCCACCAGUGCAGAGUUUUUCCUGCAGGAGGAGAGGCUGGCCCAGAUGAGGAGCGAGUACGAGCAGCAGUGCAGGGAGCUGCAGGACCAGAUUGAUGAGCUGCACUCAGAGCUGCAGGAGUACCGUGCCCAAGGCAAAGUGCUCAGACCUUCCCUGAAGAAUUCCUUGUCAGAAGAGUUUGACAUUGACAUGAAGACUCAUGGCAAUGGUGGGAUUGAGCCUGACCAAGGACUUGGUUCAGAAGACUGCAACCCAUUAAAUAUGAGCAUAGAGGCAGAAAUGGCCAUUGAGCAGAUGAAGGAGCAGCACCACAGGGAUCUGCAUCACCUCAAACAGGAGCUUGAAGACACAGUGUGCCAUUAUGAAAAGCAGCUGGAUGAGACAAAAGCCCACUGGGAAAAGGAGCAAGAGGAUAUGAGGCACAAGUAUGCUGAGGAGAUGAAUGUCAUGGAAAAGCAGAUCUCUGGCCUUAAAAAUCAAAUAGCAGAGCUGCAGGGAGAGGCAGCAGAGCUCAGAGAGCAGCAGGAGAAGCUCGACUGUAAACACAACGAGGAGAAAAACAAAUUACAGGUGCAUUUUGAUGAGGAGAAAGCCAGUCUGCAGGAACUGUUGAGGCAGGAGCAUGAAGAUGAUGUCAGGGCCAGACUGGAGGAGGUGAGUGAGAAGUUCAGGCAGGAACGAGAGGAGCUGAUCCAGAACAGUGUCUGGGUGGAAGAAAAGAUGAGAGUUGUGGUGCAGACCCUGCAGGAGGAGAAGGGGGAGCUGGAACGUGGCUUCCAGGAGCAGGUGAAGAGGCUGGAGGAGGUGCACGCCCUGGAGAAGGAGGAGCUGCAGGAGGAGCUGCUGAGGAAGCACCGGCAGGAGCUGGAGGAGGAAAGGAAAAAAAUGGCAAGUGACUAUAACAGAAGAGCAUCUCAUGCACAAACUCAGUUUUCUGUGGACACACAAACACUUGUGAAUAAAUAUGAAGAAACCCUUCAGAGUCUGGAAGGACGUUACCAGCGAGAGCUGCAGGAACUUGCUGAGCAGCAGAGAGAGGAGAAAUCCCAGUGGGAGUUUGAAAGGGAUGAAAUUGCUCAGGAGGUUGCUGAAGCCCACGAGCAGCUGAAGGAAAGCUUGGCAAGUGAGAAGGCUGUUUCUUCUGCCCUGAGCCAGGAGAGGGACAUCCUGGAGAAAAAUUUCAAGGAAGAAGUGAACAAGCUGGUGUGUGAGAGGGAGCAGCUGGAGAAGGAGCUGCAAGAGCUAAGGAGUGCUGCCCAGGAGCAAGAGGAAAAGAUGAAUGAGAAAAUAAGGCAGCUCCAAAAUGACCAUGAAAAAGAGCUAAAGGAGAAAGAUGAGCAUAUAUCAACAGUGGAGCAAAAUGGGAAACUGGUUGGGGAAAAGCUGGAGAGACUGGACAGUGAGUAUAAGCAAGAGAAAGAAGAGCUCAAUUCCAGACUUCUUGCUUUGGAGAGUUUAAACAGAGACAUUUGUGAAAGGGCAGAGACAGAAAAGACUGAGAUGGGUUUGGAAAUCUCAGAGCUCCGAGGGAAAAUACAGAAAUUGCAGUGGGAAACACGGAGUUUUUCUGCCCUGCAGAGCCAUUACAGGGUCCUGGAGAGCGAGUAUGCAAAAGCCAAGAGCCAGAUCGCUGCUUUUCCUGGGGCAGCUCCUCUGGGAGAUGAUGGGGAUGUUCUCCAAAACCUGCAGAGGGUGCACGAGCAGGCAGUGAAGGAGAAUGUCAGGAUGGCUGCCCAGAUCCUGAGGCUGCAGCACCGGCUGCAAGCAGCAGAGCAGGAGCUUCUGCAACCUGCCAGUCCCAGCUCAGACCCAGAGGAAACAGAUCCCAGUUUUGAAGGGUUGCCCAGUGAUUGUCAGGAUGUAGCCAUGGGAGCGGAUUUCAGUGUCCUUCCACCUCUGGAGGCUGAUACUACAGACCUGGAAGAGAUGUCAGAGAUGGAUUGGGAUUUGGAGGAGGGAUGUGUGAAAGCCAGAGCUGGUGGCCCCCCUGAGGCACAGGGGUGCUGGAUCCAGGGAAGUCAAGCAGCUCUGGAUGCUGAUGGCAUCCAGGAUUGUAACAAAAAUCUUUCUUGGGUGCUGCCAAAAAGGAGAGAUCUGGAAAAAGUUCCCAGGCCAAAAACGCUGCACAACGGUGUCAGACAGCAGAAGGUUCAUCUGCUAAAUCACAGAAGAGCUCCCAAAAAUAAAGGGUUUGUUUCUGAUGCUUUGAAGAUGCAGGUGGAGCUGGAGGGGGCUGAAGAACUGAGCGAAGCCUCUCUCCUGCUGGAUCACACUCCUGGGGCAGCAAAUGGUGACCUGAAGGGUGUAAUAGCUCAACUUUGGAAAAGGAUGGAAGAGCUGGAAGACAGAUCCCUGGCACAGGCUGAACUUCUGUCGCUACAAGAAGAAAUUCAGAUGGAAAAUGAGGAUCUGAAAGCUGAAGUGAUGCAGUUAAUUGAAAAAAAUGAAGUGCUGGAAGACAACCUGCGUAGGCUGAGAAGGCUUCAUGGUGAACAAGAAGAAAGUGAAGUGGAAAGCAUAAAGCUUGAAGAGGACAACAGCAAAUUCCUCGUGGAAGUUAAAGAAUUGGAAGAUGAUAAAGAACUGGAAGAUGCCCAAGAACAAGGAAAGUCAGAAGUGCCCAGUGACAGGAGAGGUGGGAAGCUGGAAGAACAUCCCACUGCACUUACGGGCCAGCAGGACAAGAAUUCCCACAGCCACAGCGCCGUGCCAGACGUGGGAGAAGCAGGAAUGAGGGAGCCCAGAGCAGAGGGGAAGGAGAGAGCUCUGGCUCACCCAGAGGCAGAGCAGAGGAAGGCCAGAGCGAGCCAGGGCUUGCAGAGCACGUGCACUGAGCUGCAGCACAAGGUUGACCUGCUGAGGUGUGAGGCCGAGAAGCUCCGCGAGGAAAACGCCGUCCUGAAAAACGAAGUGACUUUGUUAAAUGAGGAAGGGAGUGCUUCCAGCCUGAAACUGAGGGAGCUGAAUGGAUCCAGGGAAGAAAUGAGGCAGAAGAUAGAGGCUGUGAGAAAGGAGAAGGUGGCUGUGCAGAAGCUGGUUGACAACCUGAAAAAGCAGGUGGCAGAUCUGAAGACCAGGAACCAACAGCUGGACUCUGAAAAUACAGAACUCAGCCAGAGGAACUCCAAAAACCAAGCAGAUGUGCAGGAUCUCAAUCAACAGCUGGCAAAGAUGCUCGAGCAAAAGGAAAGGGAAGAGGGGAAGUGUACCCUGGAAGAAUGGGAAAAGGAAAGGCUGCUCCUGAAAGAGGAACUGGAAAACUCCAAAAUAGAGUCAUCAAACAUGGUGUCGUCUUUGGAGAUGGAGGUGUCGAAAAUGAAGGUGCAAGCUCAUCUGCUGGAGCAGGAGAACCACAUCCUGAAGCAGGAGCUGGAGAAGACAAAACAGCUGCCCAGAUGUCCUGAUCUCGCUGACCUUCAAAACGAAGUUUCAAGUUUAAUCACGAAAAAUGAAAAGCUGCAGGAAGAGAAAGAAGCCCUGAGUGAGGAGCUGAACAGAUGUAUUGAUAAGGUAGCUCAAGUCAGCUGCUUGGAGAGUGCAGUCAGCAGCUUGAAGCAGGAGCAGAAAUCCUGGGAGCAGCAGAGUCAGGCACUGAAAGCACAGCUCAGCCUCUCCCAGGACAAGGUUCAGAGCCUCAGUGAAACUCUGCAGAGCACCAACCUCCAAAUGUCCCAGCUGAAAUCCGACCUGCAGGGGACACAGCAGGAGAAGGAAACUCUGAAACAAGAAGUGAUGGCGUUGCACAAACAGCUGCAGAACACCAGUGAAAAGAACCGGGUUCUGGAAGUGGCUGUGCCUCCCUCAGGGCUGCAGGAGCAGCAGGGACUGAUCCCCUGGGACGAGCUGGAGCAGCCAGAGCAGGAGCAGAGGCUGCUCAGGCAGGAGAACGAGAGGCUGCAGAGGGAAGUGCAGAGCACUAAAACAGACCUGGCUCACUCCAGGGAAAAGAUCCGCCAGCUGGAAUCCACAGUCCUUUCCCUAAAGCACCAAAAGCAUCAAAGCCAGUCAGGGAUUGUCAAAGCCAUAGAGCAGGAGAAGCUGAGCUUGAAGAGAGAGUGUGAGCAGCUUCAGAAGGAGCUGUCAUCUGCAAACAGGAAGAUCAGUCAGAUGAAUUCUCUUGAACGUGAACUGGAAACCAGCUCAGAAAACGAAGGGCUGAGGAAAAAGCAAGUCAAGCUGGAUGAUCAGUUAAUGGAGAUGCUCCAGUCCAGGGGGAUGCAUAGCCAGAGCUCCCAGCAGCAAGGCUGUGCCACGGUGCCCAGGGAACAAUUCCUGCAGCUCCAGCAGCAACUGCUGCAGGCAGAGAGGAGGAGUCAGCACCUGCAGGAAGAGCUGGAGAGCAGACCCUCGGGGACAAACAUGCAGCAGGGGGGUCAUGAGCAGCUUCUAAAAAUGAUGGAAGAGCGGAUGAUGGAUGUGGAGCAGAAAUUAAGGCUUGUGAAGAGGCUUCUCCAAGAUAAAGUAAAUCAGCUGAAAGAACAACUGUCCAAGAACACCAAGGCAGACGCCAUGGUCAAGGAUCUGUACGUGGAGAACGCGCAGCUGCUGAAGGCGCUGGAGGCCACGGAGCAGCGGCAGAAAAGUGCAGAGAGGAAGAAUUAUUUACUGGAAGAGAAAAUUGCCAACCUCAACAGAAUAGUGAAGAACUUGGCCUCCCCCUCCUUCAGCCCAGCAGCAGAGAUCAGGUCAUAGCAAAGCUGUUGUGCGUCACAGCCCCGAGCACUUUACUGAAAUGGGAAUAUUUCAGCUUCUCACUGCGUUGCCUUUUUGUACUCAAUGAGUUUUAGUGCCCAAACUGGACACUGCCAAAGGAGAAUUUUGUUGGUUCCCAAACUGGUUUUCUGCUAAGUUUUGCCUAAAAGUAAUCAUCACUCUGUAAGAAAAAAAUCCCGAACUUAUGUUUUUCUAGGUUAACUUAUUUUGAUGCCUUGGCUUUCAUUUAAAAUCCAAAUUCUGAAUUCCCUGUACUGGAUCAUCUAAAUUGAACAAAGGCCUAAAGCAAACUCAGAUUGUUGAACUGAAAACUUAACAAUAUUUUCAGCUCUCUAAAAUACUUCAUGCUCCAAACUUGGAAAUGCUGAUGGGUCAGUCUUCAACACUGUCAUUAGAAAUGUUGUUGAAGGCAGGACUUUGCUGGUGUGGGCUGUGUCCUGUAAACUGAUUCUGGUUUCUCUAAAGCAAUUAUUCAUUAGGCUCUGGGUUGUUCUUCAUGGCUGUUUCUCUGCAAAGCUCAGAAAAAGAAAAGGUUUAUUUAAAAUACAGAACUAGACUACUGCCUCCAACUAAGUGUAACAGUAUUUUAUCUGAAGAAAUUUCCCAGCUAGCAAAUAAAGACUAUGAUUUCCUUAUUUUUUAAGCUGUGCUGCCAGACAACUCUGAAUUGUAGAGGCCUUACUGCUUUUGUAUAUGGAAAUAAGUUAAACCAAGGAAGAGCCACUCAGCAGAAGCAAAGAUGGGAAUUUUGUUUAUGUGCUUUGUAAAUUCAGUAAAGCAGUGCAGUGUAUUUAUUAAACAGCUGGCAGAAGAAUGAAGAGGGGCACUUGGAUGAUUUUGUCAGUGGGAUCCUGUUGUUGGAACCCUCACAAACAUGGAGCUUUGCCAGGAAUGCAGCAUUUGUCCUGACCUGAGGAAUCAUUUGGAAAAGUCUUGUCUUUUGUGUUAAUCCUAGUACAGAAUCUAAGUCUGUCAUUAGUUGUGAAGAAACACAUUUAGUGAAAUUAUGAAGAACUCAGGGAAUAACAGCCUAAAUCAGCUUCCUUCAGCUAUAAAUGUGGGUAUUAAUGUCAGCAGGAGGAGACAAACACACCUUAGGGAGAGCAGGAUAAACCAAAUUGGAUUUGGUGAGUAUUACCUGGGUGCCAAGGUUGGGAUGAGAGGUGGAACCUCCUCUUGGAUCAGUGCAGAAAUGCAAAUUUUUUGGGAACCCCUUCAAGACAGAGGGGUUUGUCAGAAGCAGCUGGGUAAGAUAAACCUGCUCAAGGGUUUGUGUGUAAAGAUGCCCUGCCUCCCUCAGACCAGUAAGACACAAUUAAGUCAAACUGGGCACAGGGGCCAUACUGCAAUACUUGAAACUGGACCUCUUUAAAUACACAUGCUUGAGGAGGGGGAGGAAGAGGUGUUUUGUCUCAGAGACCACUGGCAAGCUCAUCAUUCUGUCAGGAGCCAAAACUCCUCCAGAAACUGGGGUAACACUGCCUGCAAGGUGUGGAAGAGCCUCUGGAAAAGGAGUUUUACUGUGUACUGAUGUGGCUGAGAGGAUGUUCCCUGUGUCUCUGGGGUUACUUAUCAAUUUUGGGGGGUUUGGGGUCUGAACUAGACACAGGAAAUGACCUUUUCCUCCUCUUCCCCCCUCCAUUGCUUUGUGCAGGCCACAAAGUGGAAAUGGAAAUAGAAUCACGGAAGAUUAUCAUGUUGGAGUCCUCAUAAAUUAUUUCACAGCUGUGCUUUUUGAAAUGCAUAUUGUGGAGAUUUCUCCAAGUCAUCCCCAAUUCAAGGAUUUACAGUUUUUUCAGAGGCUGCA